AUGGCGCCUGGUAUUGCGGACACGGACUCUGGUUCUGGUUCGGGGGAGGAGAACGAUAGACUGGCGACCAGUCUGCCCCAACUGACGGAGAAGUGGGAUGACACAAUCCGCUUCUAUCUCAACGGCACCAAAGUCGCUCUCGACACCGUCAACCCGGAAGUGACGCUCCUGGAGUAUCUGCGCGGUAUCGGCCUGACUGGAACCAAGCUUGGAUGUGCGGAAGGAGGCUGCGGUGCUUGCACUGUGGUGGUUUCGCAUCUGAAUCAGACCACCAAGAAGAUUUACCAUUCCUCCGUCAACGCAUGUCUCGCCCCGUUGGUCAGCGUCGAUGGCAAGCAUGUCAUUACGGUCGAGGGCAUCGGAGAUGUGAAGAAUCCCCACGCCGUCCAGCAGCGGAUUGCGGUCGGCAACGGCAGCCAGUGUGGUUUCUGCACUCCCGGCAUUGUUAUGAGUCUAUACGCUUUAAUUCGCAACGAUCCUAACCCGUCCGAACAAGCAGUUGAAGAAGCUUUCGAUGGCAACCUGUGUCGCUGCACCGGGUACCGACCUAUCUUGGACGCCGCCCAAAGCUUUAAUUCCCGCAACAACUGCGGCAUGGCCAAAUCAAACGGUGGUUCAGGUUGCUGCAUGGACAAGAAUGGCGGCGGUGGUUGCUGCAAGGGUUCUGCGGCGGGCGAUGAAGAUAAGGACGCCAUUGAGCCGAAAUUCCCCGUGCCUGAUUUCAAGAAAUGGAGCCCGGAUACAGAAUUAAUCUUCCCUGCAGCUUUGAGGAAGCACGAUUUCAAACCCCUGGUUCUCGGGAACAAGAGGAAGAAGUGGUAUCGACCAGUUACCGUGGAGCAGCUUCUUCAAAUCAAGAACAUCCACCCCGAGGCCAAGUUGAUCGGUGGAAGUACGGAGACACAGAUCGAAAUUAAGUUCAAGGCGAUGCGCUAUGAAGCGUCGGUCUACCUGGGCGACAUUCCCGAGUUGAGACAGUUCACCUUCCACGACGACCAUCUGGAAAUUGGAGCCAAUGUUUCCUUGACAGAUCUGGAGGCCAUCUGCGAACAGGCCGUUGAGAGAUACGGAGCGGCGCGAGCACAACCAUUCAAGGCUAUCAAGAAGCAGCUGCACUACUUUGCUGGACGUCAGAUCCGAAAUGUCGCGUCGCCAGCAGGUAACUUGGCCACUGCCUCUCCAAUUUCCGACUUGAACCCAGUCCUUGUGGCAACGAACACCGUUCUCAUCGCCAAGUCACUCAACGGCGAGAAGGAAAUUCCCAUGACCGAGUUCUUCCAGGGCUACCGUAAAACAGCCCUGGCUCCAGAUGCUAUCAUUGCCAGUCUCCGCAUUCCGGCUGCACAGGAGAAGGGUGAAUACACGCGGUCUUACAAGCAGGCCAAGAGAAAGGAUGACGAUAUUGCUAUUGUCACCUCUUGCUUCCGCGUCUCACUGUCGGAGACCAACGAAGUGACCAGUGUUAACCUCGUGUUCGGUGGUAUGGCGCCAAUGACGGUUUCUGCGAAGAAUGCCGAAGCCUUCCUGGUUGGUAAAAACAUCACCGACCCUGCAACUUUGGAGGGUGUCAUGGCCGGAUUGGAGAAGGAUUUUAACCUUCCAUUUGGCGUCCCUGGUGGCAUGGCGACUUAUAGAAAAUCCUUGUCAAUGGGCUUCUUCUAUCGCUUCUACCAUGACGUUCUCUCCAACCUCGAAGUCAAGCCCGAAGGUUUGGACGUUGAUGGGAUCGCUGAAAUUGAAAGAGAUAUCUCCACGGGAGAGAAGGAUCACGAAGCCUCUGUUGCUUAUCAACAGAAGAUACUCGGCAAGGCAUCCCCUCAUGUCGCGGCUCUGAAGCAAUCCACAGGCCAGGCUCAGUACACCGACGACAUUCCUGUGCAACAGAACGAGCUCUUUGCCUGUAUGGUUCUUUCUACCAAGGCUCAUGCCAAGAUCAUCAGCGUCGAUCCAUCAAAGGCGUUGGAUAUUCCCGGCGUUGUGGACUACGUCGAUCACAAAGAUCUACCCAAUCCCAAAGCCAACUGGUGGGGAGCACCGGUCGCUGAUGAGCUCUUCUUCGCCGUGGAUAAAGUGACCACCGCUGGUCAGCCAAUCGGUGUAAUCCUCGCGAACUCUGCGAAGGUUGCCGAAGAGGGCAUGAGAGCCGUCAAGGUCGAGUAUGAAGAUCUGCCCGCCAUCCUCAGUAUUGAAGAGGCCAUCGAGGCCGAGUCAUUCUAUAAUCACAGCCCCUUCAUCAAGAAUGGCGAUGUCGAUGAGGCCUUCAAACAGGCCGAUCACGUCUUCGAGGGUGUCGCGCGCAUGGGUGGUCAAGAGCAUUUCUAUCUCGAGACCCAGGCUUGCCUUGCCAUUCCCAAACCGGAGGAUGGUGAAAUGGAAAUUUGGAGUGGCACACAAAACCCCACUGAGACCCAAACGUUUAUCGCCCAGGUGACUGGAGUCGCUGCAAACAAGAUUGUAUCUCGUGUAAAGAGACUAGGUGGUGGUUUUGGUGGCAAGGAGUCACGCUCUAUCCAGCUGGCUGGAAUUUGUGCCAUUGCCGCAAACAAGACCAGACGACCGGUCCGGAGCAUGCUGAAUCGCGAUGAGGAUAUUCUGACCUCGGGUCAGCGUCACCCAUUCAUGUGCAAGUGGAAGGUCGGAGUCACCAAAGAAGGCAAACUUCUGGCCCUUGAUGCCGAUAUCUUCGCCAACGGAGGCCAUACCCAAGACCUGUCUGGCGCCGUUCUGGAGCGAAGCUUGUCCCACAGUGACGGCGUGUACAAGAUUCCGAAUGUCUUUGUCCGCGGAAAGAUCUGUAAGACAAACACCGUCUCGAACACUGCCUUCCGUGGAUUCGGUGGCCCGCAGGGUCUAUUCUUCGCCGAGUGUUACAUUUCCGAGAUUGCGGACCAUCUAAACCUCAAUCCUGAGCAUGUUCGUGAGAUCAACAUGUACAAGCCUCUGGAAACCACACACUUCAACCAGCCCUUGACGGAUUGGCACGUGCCGUUGAUGUACAAGCAAGUCAAAGAGGAAAGCAAUUUCGUCGAGCGACGCAAGGCUGUGGAAGAAUACAACGCGACUCAUAAAUGGUCGAAGCGUGGGAUGGCUCUGGUGCCAACCAAAUUCGGUAUCUCUUUCACUGCCCUCUUUUUGAACCAAGCCGGUGCUUUGGUGCACAUCUACCAUGAUGGCAGUGUCCUUGUCGCCCACGGUGGUGUUGAGAUGGGACAAGGCUUGCACACCAAGAUGACAAUGAUUGCCGCCGAGGCCCUCCAAGUACCUCACGAGAGCGUGUUCAUCGCCGAGACAGCGACCAAUACUGUGAUCAAUACAUCCGCCACAGCAGCAUCAGCAAGUUCCGAUCUCAACGGCUACGCCAUUUUCAACGCGUGCGAGCAGAUCAACGAGCGUCUGCGCCCUUACCGCGAGAAGUUCGGUCCCGACGCUACCAUGAAGCAAAUUGCACACGCAGCCUAUUUCGACCGUGUCAACCUCUCAGCCCAGGGAUACUACCGUACCCCCGAUAUUGGCUAUAAGUGGGGUGAAAACACCGGGCAGAUGUUCUUCUAUUUCACGCAAGGUGUGACGGCCGCCGAAGUCCAGAUCGACACCUUGACAGGAGACUGGACCGUUCUGCGCGCCGACAUCAAGAUGGACGUCGGCCGCACCAUCAAUCCAGCAAUCGACUACGGUCAAAUCGAAGGCGCCUACGUCCAGGGCCAAGGUCUCUUCACCACGGAGGAGAGUCUUUGGCACCGCGCCUCGGGCCAGAUCUUCACCCGCGGCCCGGGUAACUACAAGAUCCCCGGUUUCCGCGACAUUCCUCAGAUCUUCAACGUGAGUUUGCUGAAAGAUGUCGAGUGGGAGAAUCUGCGCACUAUUCAGCGCUCCCGCGGUAUUGGUGAGCCGCCGCUAUUCAUGGGUAGUGCGGCUUUCUUCGCUAUCCGCGAUGCCUUGAGCGCCGCGCGGAAGCAGUGGGGCGUCACGGACGUCCUGAGCUUGGUUAGCCCUGCUACACCUGAACGUAUUCGGGUUAGCUGUGCUGAUCCGAUUGUUGAACGGGCCCGAGUCACACCGAAAGAGGGCGAGAAGAGUUUCUUUGUUGCCAUUUAG